UUUUUUCUAUGCGGCGUGAUGAAAGAAAUCCAAUGUUUCGGAGAGUAACGAAAGUAUAGAAAUUAAGAGAAAGUGAGGUGCCUUAUGGGGAAGAAGAAUUGGAGGGAUUAAAUUUCUAGGGUUCGCGACAUUUAUUUUGGAGUGGUGAGCGAGUCUCUAAAUUGGGCGAAUAGUUGAGAGUUUGGGGGACCAAAACAAAUAUUCUGGAAAGUCUAAGAGUGAGAGAGAAUUUACGAGGCACGGGUAGCAAGUUGGGGAGGUUGUUCGAGUGGAGUGCCGAACGCAUGAGGCUGCGGAAAUUGGUGGAAAGAGUUGAGCAGUGAGGAAAAGCUAAUUUUCCAGAUAGGAAUGCAGAUGAUUCUGGAGUUGUGUAAUUGACGAGAGAGGGGCUAGCAUUCGGGAAGCAUUAAAGAAUUAUUAAAGAUUUAUUUGAGAAAUAAAUUUUUAUGAAAUGUACUUGACGCUUUAUUUGAACUUGAGUUGUGGAUAUGUACAUUGGAAUAAAUUAAUUUUAUUUUUAAAUUUUCAACGUGACCUUUACGAAAAAUUAGACUUUGAUACACUUAAGUGACUCUCAAAGUUGGGACGUUACACAAACACCAAUGAGGCAGCACAAGCAGGUUUCAGCCCUUAACCGACGACCCACCAUCCUUUAUCUGGUGUGCGCGGCUGCAUUGUUCUCCUUCCUCCUCUUCUACAUCCAAUCCUCUUUCUUCUCAGGGUCCCUUUCUUCGGCUCGCAAAUCCAAAAUUAUCCGCAUCUUGUCUAACUUUCAGUCCAGUGUUCAGCAAUGUGUGGAUAAGAGGGGGCUAGGACUCACUGCUCAUAUAAUUGACCAUUGCAAUUUGAUCCUUAAAUACCCUGAAGGUACCAACAGCUCUUGGUACAACGCACAGUUUAAGCACUUUGAGCCGUUGGAGUACAAAUAUGAUGUGUGUGAGGCAAUCCUGUUGUGGGAACAGUAUCGGAACAUGACAACUGUGUUGACCAGAGAGUAUCUUGAUUCUCGACCUGGUGGUUGGAUGGAUUACGCUCCACAAAGGAUAGCACAGUUGGGGACAAAGAAGUGCACCAACAAGACUCUUUGUGAAGAGAACCUCAAUGUGUUAUUACCUGCAAAGCCCCCAUUUCACCCACGGCAGUUCCGAACUUGUGCUGUUGUUGGUAAUUCUGGGGACCUUCUGAAGACUACAUUCGGGAAAGAAAUUGACAGCCAUGAUGCUGUUAUUCGGGACAAUGAGGCCCCUGUUAAUGAGGAAUAUGCCAAAUAUGUUGGUCUUAAGAGGGAUUUCCGUCUAGUUGUCAGAGGUGCUGCGCGUAACAUGGUCCCUAUUCUAAAAGGAUCUGACACUGAGGUUCUCAUAAUCAAAAGUCUGACACACAGAGAAAUCAAUGCAGUUAUAAAGACCAUACCCAACCCAGUCUAUCUCUUCCAAGGAAUUGUACUACGUCGAGGUGCCAAAGGAACUGGAAUGAAAUCUAUUGAGUUAGCGCUCUCCAUGUGUGAUAUCAUUGAUAUAUAUGGAUUCACUGUUGAUCCAGGAUACACUGAAUGGACAAGAUACUUCUCUAAGCCUAGAAAGGGACACAAUCCACUUCAAGGAAGAGCGUAUUACCAACUUCUAGAAUGUCUUGGGGUAAUCAGGAUUCACUCGCCCAUGAGAUCUAAGAGGAGGGAAGACUGGUCAGAUAUACCUAGUAGAGAAAUGAUAAGGCAAGCACAUGCAGCAGCUUUGCACUUGAAAAGGAAUGAAGACGGUCAUGGAGGUGAUUUAGGACAGUUUGGCAAUUGUAAGGUGUGGGGCAAUGUGGAUCCAGAGAACAGUGGACCUGUCUCAGGAUCACCAGACAUGAGUGAUAUAAGGAAAUAUUCAAAUUAUAGUAAAUGGGAAGUGAUGCCUUUUGAGAGUUUGAGGAGGGAAGCACAGGAUCAUUAUAACCAGAUGCAAGGGGUCUCUCUAUAUAAAAUGGACGGCAAUAGGUUGGAUGAUCUAGUCUGUGUGAGACAUUCCUUAAAAUCUGAGGCGUAAAUGGUGCCUUUGCUUUCUAUUGAUAUUAUUUGAUCGUGCCCAACCUUCUAUAGAAGCUGGGAUGAAGUUACUUUCUGAGGGCUGCUGGCAUAGCUUCCCAACAGCGUUCUGUUUCUUCGCUUAUUCAGCCAGAGCGUAGCACCAAUCUCAACUCCAAGUGAAAAAAAUGGAAUGAAUAUGCAUAAUUCCACCAACCCAAGUGAUUCAUGUUAGGGCCUAGAAAUCACACUACAGGAAUUCUGACCCCAGAAGUUUGUUGUACCAUUUUUUUUUUCAGUUCUGGAAUGGACAGUCCUUAGUCCGUGGCAUGAUAGGUAUCUAACUUCUAUAAUGUAUUAAUUGUCUAAAGAAGUAUCUGCAAAAAAAAAACAUUUUUUUAUGAUGAUGGAUAAAGAAAAGGAUGGUGAGCUGUUUUGUUUUA